AUGACCCAACGAUAUGAAGAUGGAAUGGCGAUUGUUCUUAAAGAGGGAAAGCCAGCUAUUUUUCUCACAAUGACAUGCAAUCCAUCUUGGACUGAAAUAACUUCAGAACUCAACCCAGUUCAAACUCCACAAGAUCGUCCAGAUCUAACAACAAGAAUUUUUCGAGCUAAAUUUGAACAGCUGAAAGAGGAUGUAAUUACUAAGGGUGUCUUGGGAAAGGUGAAGAGCUAUAUUUAUGUCACUGAGUUUCAAAAAAGAGGGUUGCCACAUGUACAUAUGUUGCUAAUCUUAGAAAACAAUGACAAGUUAAUUGACCCGGAGCAUUAUGAUAGUUUGGUACGUACAGAGAUACCAUCUAAAGAAGUAGAACCACACCUACAUGAUGCUGUGCUAAAACAUAUGAUUCAUGGUCCUUGCGGUACACUUGAUCAAUCUUCACCCUGCAUGAAAAAUGGCAAAUGUAAACGCAACUACCCAAAAGAGUUCGCAGCAGAAACACGAAGAGGUGACGACUCAUAUCCGCAAUAUAGGCGAGGAUUCGACACUCCAGUACAAAUUAACCAAAAUGUCACGGUUGACAAUAGAUGGGUAGUUCCGUACAACCCUUGGCUACUACUAAAGUAUGAUUGCCAUAUUAAUGUUGAGAUAUGUAGUAGCAUCAAGAGUAUAAAGUAUCUCUACAAAUAUUGCUACAAGGGUCCAGACCGGGUUGCAAUGGAAGUUCACAACAGUUCUAAUGUUGACGAGGUCCAACAGUUUGUUGAUGCAAGAUGGAUUGCUGCUUCAGAGGCAUGUUGGAGAAUAUUUAAAUUUAACCUUUACCGAAUGUAUCCAUCAGUGGAAAGGUUACAAAUUCAUUUGCCAAAUCAACAUCAAGUGAGCUUCUAUGAUCACCAAACCAUUCCUGAAAUACUUAAUGAUGAUUAUUUCUCUAGAACAAUGCUCACUGAGUUCUUUGCUCUAAAUCGUGAGGAGGACCAACAAUCUAGGCAUCUUUUGUACAGGGAAAUUCCAGAGUAUUACACUUGGCACAACAAGGAAAAGGAAUGGCGUCGGCGCAAGACACAGAGGAGAUCCAUCGGUAGAAUUUAUACUGUAUCACCUUCAGAAGGAGAAAAAUUCUAUUUGCGUAUUCUGUUAUCUAAUGUCAGAGGACCAAUCAGUUGGGAUGACUUGCUAACAGUGAAUGGGAUCCAAUAUUCGUCCUUCAAGCAAUCUGCUCAACAUCGAGGAUUGUUAGAGAGUGACAGUAGCAUCCGUGAAUGUUUGGUUGAGGCAUCUGUUUUACGAUUGCCAUGUGCUUUACGAAGGUUGUUUGCAACCAUCUUAAUAUUUUGUGAGCCUACAGAUGUAAGAAGCUUAUGGGAUGAAUUUUUUUCAUAUAUGGUGGAUGAUUAUCCGUCAACCAGCACCACAACAGCCUUAGUGUUCACCAAUCGGCUACUCAGGGAUAUAAAUGAUAUACUCCUUCAGCACGGAAAACAGAUUACACAAUACGAUUUGCCAGCUCUAACUCAUGAAAAUGACAAUGACAACUCGAUACCCAGAGUUAUCCAAGAAGAACUGUCUGUCGAAGUACCCCGAGAAGACCUGUGUUCCGUAACAAGAUUGAACAAUGACCAGUCUAAAGCUUUCAAGUGCAUUAUGAAUACAAUUGAUCGAAGAGAAAGUGGAGUGUUCUUUGUUGAUGGGCCAGGAGGAUCAGGCAAAAUAUUUCUUUACAGAGCUAUAAUUGCAGAAUUGAGAAAUAAGGGUCAUAUUAUCUUGGUAACUAUAUCAUCAGGAAUAGCCACAACAUUAUUGCCUGGGGGUCGAACAGCUCAUUCUAGGUUUAAGAUCCCAAUUAAUGCAGAACCAUCAUCCAUUUGCAACAUAAGCAAACAAUCAGAUCUUGCAAAGCUGAUUAGACAAACAAUGGCAAUCAUCUGGGAUGAAGCACCUAUGGCAAAUAAAGAAUCGGUGCAAUCAUUAGACCGCACUCUGAGAGAUAUAUUAGCAAACGAUAUGCCAUUUGGAGGAAAAGUGAUGGUGAUGGGAGGAGAUUUCCGCCAAGUACUGCCUGUGGUACCGAAAGGUAGUAAGUCACAAAUGAUUUCAGCUUCUAUAGUUAAGUCUCAAUUAUGGGCUUCCACUAAAAUUCUCCAUUUGCGACAAAAUAUGCGAUCUUCUAAUGAUCAUGUUUUUGCUGAGUACCUUAUGCGCAUUGGUGAUGGAAUUGAACCCACCAUACAUGAAGACUUUGUACGGAUACAAGCAAAUAUGGCAAUUCCGUGGGAGGGUGAAACAUCGUUACACAAGUUAAUAGAAGAAAUAUUUCCAAACUUACAAUCUCAUGGGUGGGACGCUUCUUACAUGGUAGAAAGGGCAAUAUUGACGCCAAAAAAUCAUGAUGUGCAACAGCUUAAUGAUAUAAUUAUCAACCAGUUUCCAGGAGAAGAACGAAAUUUAGUCUCAUUUGAUGAAGUAGAAGGAGAUGCUAAUAAUUUAUAUCAACAAGAAUAUCUUAACUCAGUUUCUACAGGCGGGUUGCCACCUCAUGUGUUGAAGGUAAAAAGAGGUGCACCUUUGAUGUUAUUGAGAAACAUAGACCCUAAGGCAGGCUUAUGCAAUGGUACAAGGUUACUAUGUCGUGGAACUUUUCAAAACAUGUUGGACGUAGAAAUUUUAACCGGUCAUCACUGUGGAAGAAGAGCUUUCUUGCCUCGGAUAAAACACAAAACAACAGAAAAUACAGGACUGCCAUUUAUCCUUAUCCGGAAGCAAUUUCCUGUAAGGUUGAGUUUUGCAAUAACAAUAAACAAAUCACAAGGACAGACAAUUCCUAAAGUAGGGAUCUAUCUCCCUAAACAUGUAUUUAGCCAUGGCCAAUUAUAUGUUGCUCUGUCUCGAAGUAUUUCUCAGUCAACUACAAAAAUUUUAGUCAAAAAAGGAAAAAUAGAUGGAACAAGUGGAGAAUUUACCAGAAAUGUAGUUUUCAAAGAAAUAUUAUUACCUUCCCCACAGUUCUUCAAGGCUCAAGAAUCUAUUGAUAAGGAGAUGUAUGAGGAAUUGACAAACUCCGUUUUGACGGCACUAUAUCCCAAGAGUGUGCAUGGGCACUAUAUCCUAGAUAGGUUAGUUCUGAGCAAGGACGAUGAUAAUCCUGCUUGUUCGUGGUUUUCGGUAAGGACGAUGGUUAAUCCCGCUUACUCGUGGUUUAAUGUGAUAGGCAAGCGAGGUGGUUAA